AUGUCCAUCACCAUUCCUACAGGCUCAUAUGUUAUCAUGAACGCCAAGACGUGCACCUACCUGAAUGUGUUCUAUUCCCAUCCUGUUCCGGCUGAUAUCGUCAAUAGUGUUGGAAAUAAUUUAGGAAAUGAUAUUUGGAACGUGGCGAACACUGAGUCGCGUGGGGUGACCAUACAGUCCUACGGGACUGGUGGGUUCCUCUCCUUCGACCAGUUAGACAGAUCCGAUACUCCUGCUGGCAGUGUUGUCACAAGCAACUCGAUUUAUCCGUGGAGUCUGCAACAAAAUACUGCAGUCCCGUAUGCCUGGAAGUGCACUGGAAAAGCGCUAGCUGUUGUGGACAAUUCUGCCGCGAAUGGGGCACAAGUUAUCGAGGAUGAUAAUAUGAAUCACACAAGCAGAGCCUGGUUGUUCAUCGCAAAGGAGAAGAGCUAA